CAUGCUGCUUGGCCUGCUGUGUUCAUCCAGUUCCACACUUUGUUAAUUCGAUUCUCCAGCAUCUGCAGUUCCCAUUAUCUCUGAUCAAUUGUCUGUAAGUCUGUGUUGGGCAUAACAAUCAAAGUUUGGAAGCUGAGUUCAGGGUGAGGAACCUUCAUUGCAAAACUGAAAUGUUGGUCAAAUGAAUGUCUGCUUCCAACUGAAAUAUGCAGGAAUACCGCAAUUCUGUAAUAAUGGGUGAAAUGUUUUUCAAAUGACAUCAGUGAUGGUUUCUCUUGUCACCUCAGUUUUUAUACAUUAGUUUUUUGCAUGUUGGGUGAGCAUUGAACAGUUUAUGUACUUCACAAAUGGUGUUUUGGGGUAACUUAUCAAAACAUAGUUCGGAGACAAAGCGAUUCUCACCACUGCUGACCUUCAAUUGAUGUACCUCUGACAUUAGAGGGAUAUCCCUGGGCAGGAAAAGUUUCCCAAAUGUGCUAUGGUUAUAAAAUUUGAGAAAAUCAGCAAAUAACCAGAGAUUAUUAGAUUUUUCUUCAAAGCAGUAAGCUAAUGAGCUGGCUUGCAUGAACCCAAUGUGUUCCAGAAGUCGAUCCAGCUGGACCUUUCAAAAGUGAAUUUGGGUUUCUCUUUUUGCCUGUUGCCAAAAUAUUCUCUUUCUUUGCCCAAGUAAAUAAAUCUUCCAGCAGAAUAAUUCCAGCAAUAAGCUUCUGAGUUUUUAAAAAAAGAUGACCCAUACUUGCCGUAGAAUUUGAAACAUCACAGCUCACUCAUGUGUCUCACGUUAUCUCUCAGAGGUGAGAUAGUGGACAACAAUUCUUCGCAGGUUAUUACUUUCUUAUUUGCUUUUGUGUUAGGCCGGUGGUCAUCUUAGAUGAUGGUAUUCUUUUAAAGGUAAAGCGAAAAUUUCGUAAAACCAAGGAAUCUCAGUAAACUGUGGUUUGUUGAAAUUUGAGGAGUUUGGUUCUCAUUAAACUCUAAGGUAGCUGUGGUUAAGACAAUCAUCUGUUAUAUUUACUGUCUCCUCCUUUCACAAUGUAGCUGUUUAUUACUUUGGCUGCUUAGAUCUCUAACUUGUCCAUUGUCUUAUGGUGAAAGUCUCCAUCUGCAGGGAGAUUCUUGGAGUUUUUAAAAAGUCAGCAACAAAAUGGCUUCCAUGCCGUUCAAAAGUUCAAACCCAUUUUACCAAUUGGACAGAUUUGGUGUUUAAGAUUAGUGUUUGAGCCAACCAUUUUAAUUCGGCUAAAAGAUCAUAAUAAUUCAACGGAUGUUUAUAGCAUCCGUUCACCUUACACGCACCCUACAUUUCAAAAUUUUCCUUUAUCCGUGGUGAAAGGGAGAAACAGUCUGACUAGUUGCUACAGUUAUUUUGGUGUUCUGUAAUUAGAUCCAGGGAAUUCAUCCCUUUUAACGUGAGUGUUCUCAUUUACUGAGGUUUUUAUUUGAGACAGAGAAUUAACUUGAGUUCAAAAUGGUUAGGAUCGUAUCGUAUGAGUAUAAUUUUAAAAAUCUGUUCCUGCCCAAGUUUUCCAAGUGUUGACGAUCAGUCCAUGACUUCUGAAGGAAUGAAUUGAUGACUGACAGAUUUGGUGAUGUGACAAAUAUGGGCUAAAAAAUUAACCUCAGAGGACUUCGGAAUACUGCAGAGAAAUAUAGGUUUAGCAAGUAGUCAACGAUCUGACAAACAGAGUUGUAUAUGGGUAAAUUUGAAGUCCAUUUUGGCAGAAAGAAUAGCAGUUUUGUUUUUAUUGAAGGAGAUUGCAUUGCUCUGAGAUAGAGUGGAAUCUGGGUAUCCUCGUGCAUGAAUCACAAAAUGAUCAUGUACAGACACAUUAAGUAAUUUUGAAAGCAAUUAAAUGUUUUCAUUUUAUCAUGAGGGAAUUUAAGCACAAAAUUAGGGAUCAUUGGUGAGCCCAUGCCUUGAAUGAUUUUCUUUGUAUUGGUCAGUGCAUUUCAAGGAUGGAAGUAAAUAUAUUAGAGGCAGUUCAGAGCAGGUUUACCAGAAUAAUACCGAGACUAAAUGAUUUGUCUUACAAGGAAAAUUUGCACAGGCAAGGCUUGCAUCAGUUGGUGUUUAGGGAAGGAAGAGGCAACGUGAUUGAAACAAAAAAAACCUGAGCAUUUGUACAGGGUAGACAUGGAGACCAUGUUUCCUCUUACAGAAGAGACGAGAAUGAAGGGUGAGUGUCUAAAGGUCAGUGGUUGUCAAUUUAAAACAGUGAUUUUUAAAAAAUCUCUCAAAAUGUAGGUAUUCUUUGGAGUUUUCUUCCAGAAAAGAUGGUAAAAGCAGAGCUCUGGAAUAUUGUAAAUGCAAAGAUAAACAGAUACUUGUUGAGGGAGAUAAGGUGAAAGGUCAUUAGGAGAGGCAGGAAUGCAGAUUUGACGUUACGAUCAGAUGAGACAGAACCACAUUGAAUGCUUUACUCUUCUCUGUUUGUAUGGGAAGUGGCAGGUAUGCUGUAAAAUGCCAAAUUGGAUUUUCAGUGCAAAGUUUUAACAAACUCGGUAAUCAAGGCUUCAAAUGCUGAAAUCCUGACCCUUCAGAUGUUUUUCAGCGGCUGAAUGCAAAUUGCAGAUUCAAGCUUGUUUAAAAUCACUUAGUUUGUGCUGUAUGACCAGUUGCAGAUAUGGAAGCUUUGACACCUCAGUGGCAGAAGAGAUUCCAGUAAUCGAUUCAGUGAGCACAAACAGCGGAAACAAUGCUAACAUUCCGAGCUGUGAGGAGCUUGAAAAUCCAAUUCCUCCAGAGACAGUUGCAGAGAUCAGAAAGUCUAAAACCUUUGACAGCCCAAACUCUGAGAAAGAUGAAGAACCAAGUUCACCAAAAGAGACAGCAACAAUUUCAAAUUCUGGAAAUGUUGACAGUGCAAAUGGUGAGGAAAAUGGAAGUUGUGGUUCUUCAGGAUCAAGCGAAAUAAUUGCUGAUUGCAGAUAUGGAAGCUUUGACACCUCAGAGGCAGAAGAGAUUCCAGUAAUCGAUUCAGUGAGCACAAACAGCGGAAACAAUGAUAACAUUCCGAGCUGUGAGGAGCUUGAAAAUCCAAUUUGUCCAGAGACAAUUGCUGAGAUCAGAAAGUCCAAAACCUUUGACAGCCCAAACUCUGAUAAAGCUGAAGAACCAAGUUCACCAAAAGCGAUGGCAGAAAUUUCAAAUUCUGGAAAUGUUGACAGUGCAAAUGGUGAGGAAAAUGCAGGUUGUGGUUCUUCAGGAUCAAGCGAAAUAAUUGCUCAAAAAGAGGAAGGAACAAUCCAGAAUAAUUUUGAUUUGGAGGAGGUCCAACUUCAAAAGGAGCAAGAAGGCGUUUGCAGCAACUGUGAAAGCGUUGAGUCCGAACACUGUCCGAAUUCUGAUGAAAUUCAGAAUUUAAGUUCACCGGAGAAGGGAGCGACAGUCAAGAAAAGCAUAGACUUCAACAGAUCAAGCUUUCUAGAAGAAUAUAAUUUCAGUCCUGCAGAAAAGGAAACACCAAUGAAAAUUGCUAUACCUGAAAUUCUCGAAAUCUGGCUGGAGGAGUCUGCCGAAGACUUUCGUCAAGUUCCAACUUACUCUUGUCUGCGGAAGGUACUUUCCUACUUGAACCAGACAGUGCCAGGGUCAGAUGCUGAACUACGGGCCCAGAAACUCCUGAGUCGUUUUUUGGUGGAGGAAACAGCGGAGAAAGAGAUGUUCAAAGGCUACCGGAGAAGAGUCAGAUUCUGUGUGGGAGAAGAACACGACCAAACCAUCGAACAAGUUGACGAAAAGCUCCUGUCCUACCCAUCACGCUUCAUUGCAGAGCAGCUGACUUUUAUGGAUGCUGAUCUUUUUCGGAAACUUGUGCCCAGCCAAUGUUUAGGGUCCAUCUGGUCUCAACGAGGGAAGGAAGAAAAACAGCAUCUGGUAUCAACCGUCCAGGCCACCAUUACACAGUUCAAUAAUGUUACAAAAUGUGUCACCAGCACCAUAUUAAGACCUCAACAGCUGAAACCACGGCAGACGGCUAAAAUCAUUGAGAAAUGGAUUGAUGUUGCCCAGGAAUGUAGAACUUUGCAGAAUUUCUCGUCAGUGCAUGCAAUUACCACUGCAUUGCAAUCGAAUAGUGUGUUCAAUUUGAAGAAGACUUGGGCAGCCGUGUCAAAGAGCAGUAAGAUAACAUUUGAAGACCUUUCAAACAAUGAAGAAGAUAACUUUAUAGCAAGUAGAGAGCUGCUAAUGGAGGAUAUAGUUCAGGGAAUUGUGCCGUACCUGGGAACUUUCUUAACAGAGUUUUCAGUGCUGGAUUCAGCUUUCCCUAAUUACCAUUCAAAUGGCUGGAUCUACUUUGACAAGAGACAAAAACUCCUCUGAACUCGAGAAACCGCCAAAGCCCAAAAAGAGUGUGUUGAAGCGCCUCAGCUGCCUGUUUUCAAGGAGAGGUGUUAAAGUACACAGCGCUCCAACUAAAAGCUCUGAGC